AUGGCGCCCGGCAAGCUUUCCACCGCUUCACCAGCCUUUAUGCUUCUUGGGGGCGUGUCGUCUCUUCCCAGCGGAACUCUUGUCCGCGGUCUCCUCACCAAACCCAAGGCCACGCCUCAGCGUUUCCGUGAUGUCGAGGCCGAAUGGGACUACUUUCAGCUCCGAACCUAUGGCGUCGGCGUCCCAGAGCGUGCGUCAAAGAUGAAGCGUCGCAGCGAGCCCAAAGAUCGCGCAUAG